AAAAUCUUAAAACCUUGCAAAGUUACAAGCUAGCUAUGGGCGUUGUAAAUUAUAAAUAUUACCUUUUCUUCGUUUAUGUUAUUAUUUAAUUCUAAAUAACGUAUAUUUCAACCUAAUGCCGUGACAAAAGUGUGAUUUGAUUGUUUAUUCAAAGUGGUUAAUUAGUAAAUGAAAAAUUAAAAGUAUAAUAAUCCCGUCGAUUUCUGAUAGAAGAGAUGCCGGAGCAAAGUAAUGAUUAUCGAGUUGUAGUAUUUGGUGCUGGUGGCGUAGGUAAAAGCUCACUUGUACUUCGAUUUGUAAAAGGAACGUUCAGGGAAUCCUACAUACCGACAAUUGAAGACACAUAUAGACAGGUUAUAAGCAGUAACAAAACAAUAUGCACACUCCAGAUAACGGACACAACAGGAUCUCAUCAAUUUCCAGCUAUGCAAAGACUGUCAAUUAGUAAGGGUCAUGCAUUUAUACUGGUUUACUCAGUCAGCAGCCGGCAAUCUUUGGAAGAACUCAAACCUAUUUGGCAGACAAUAAAGGAGAUCAAAAGUGCUGAUCUUCCCAACAUACCUGUAAUGCUGGCAGGUAAUAAAUGUGAUGAAAGUCCUGAAAUCAGAGAGGUUUCUGCAGCAGAAGGUCAAGCACAAGCACAAGAAUGGGGUGUUUCAUUUAUGGAGACUUCUGCAAAGACUAAUCAUAAUGUAACACAACUAUUUCAGGAACUGCUGAACAUGGAAAAAAAUAGAAAUGUGUCUCUUCAGGUGGAUGGAAAGGGUAAGAAGAAAAAAGAUAAAGUGGUGAAGGAGGGUGGGGAGGGUUCAGCUACUGGGAGAGAGAAAUGCUUGUUAAUGUAGUUGAACUACAUUUAUUUCUUAUUAACACAUAGUUUGUGAUGUAUUAUGCAACAUUAUGUGAUAUAAUAUUACUAGUUUUACUGAACGAUAUAAGUUUAUACCGAACUUCAUUCAAGAAUGUUGUAGUAUUCGGCUCUAUGUUUACAGAUAUAGUUGAUACAUACAGAUUACUAAUGAUAAUGAACAUUAUUACUAACAUACAGACGUUCAUUGCGCACCUUGUGACGUCAUAGAAUAAAUGACGCGUUAAAACAGAGGAAACAUUCCUCGCAGAAUUAAAAUAGAUUUUUGCAAGAAGUACAAAUAUUUGAUUCUCGAUAUUUUAUGUAAUUACUGAUGUUUCCUAAUAUAUUACAAAUAAGGUGAUUUUGAUUCUAGUCAUUAAACAAUCUAGUCAUUUUAUUAUUGGUUAAGCACGAGUUGUUACAUUUUAUUAUGCCUAUCAUUAGUUUACGCAACAAGAGUUUAGACUGUAGUAUAUAUUUUGCUAUUACUAGAAGUUAUGUUAUUUACAUUAGUUACAUAAUAUGUAUCAUGUAUAAAAUAUAUUAACGACUGAGACGCAGCGUCGAAGUUAUUCCGUAUAGUGUGAAAAUACAACGAAACAAUGUCACUAGGACAAUUACUGUUAUUGUACUGUAUGCGGACAAAUAAUAUUAAACUUUCUUAAUUAUGUUUGUUUGUGAUAAGUGUUUCGUACCUGAAAUCUGAAUUCAGCGUCGUAACACGUGUUACAGGAUGGAGAUCUGCCAUUGCUUGAACUAGCUUAGGCUUAGAGAAUUUAACCAAACGGAGAUGGCAUUGAUAGUGUUUGUAUGAUGAUAACAAUUAUAAAUUAUUAUAGCGGGUACUGACGUCUCACGAUAUAUAUUUUAUUAAUUUGGUGCCGAUAUUUCGAUCCAAAUGCUAUUCUCAACGCGUUAAGGAACACAUUAUCGCAGUCAAAAAUAACGAUCCUAAAAAAUCCGCCGCAACAGACUUAAUUAAAGUCAGUACCAACCACUGGAUCGAGCUACAUAACCAACGGAUGAUUUCUGCUGAACGUCAAUACAUUCCACGGCUUGUUAGAGAAGUUAUUGAAAUUAUGAAAAGACUCGAAAGUAUGGACGUGAUUAGUGUGCCGUGAAUUAGGGAAUCAAAGACCAAAACGAAUUAGACGCCACGUGGACAUAUUGAUGUCCUAUAAGUGUCAAUGUGUAAAGAGUUUCUCCCCACCGCAGUUCCGCCGCCACCACGAUUCAUGUAUUCACGAAAUAUCGGUACCAAAUUAAUAAAAUAUAUAUCGUGAAUCAUAAUAAUUACAAUGUUAAAGUUCCGCGAUGAUAAAUGUUUAAAAACAAAUAAUUACACAAUUUAUUAGUAACAUUUAUUACCUUAGUAACUUUAAAUAAAUCAUGAGAUUUCUUUUCAGUGCCAUAGUAUUAAAUUUGUACUCUUUAAAUAUUACAAACGCUUUUGCUGUUACAAAUAAAUUGGGGCAAGGGGAAAAAUAUAGAUCUUAAAAUUAUUAGAUAGGAACUGUAGUUUAUUUUACAAACCGAACAUUGUUUGUAAUGUUAUUCAUGUUAAGAGAAGCUGCUUGACCGUGUCCAAGCUUCUUUAGACACACGAGAUAAUCGAAACAUGCCCUGUGUUGAAAAUGUGAAUGUGUUUUUUGCAACAUAUUUAUUAUUUUAGUGAUUCUUCCUAUUGUUUGUGACUUGCUGAAUCCGUUUUCACAUAAACUGUUGCAGACUUGUUCUGUGCAUCUUGCGGCUACAUUUCCUUUUGGUUAAAUACUCUAAGUUAUGUUUAAAUAAAAAUUGAAUAGGUAAUUGAUAUUGGAUUGUGACUAAAUUUGUUUAGCAUUGUCAUAAUUCGAAUAGAUGCUAUGCUUAGAAGUAGCUGUACCGUAUUGUUCUGAUAGAUUUUUGUAGAAGUAAAAUUUUGAUGAAUGUAAUGGUAUUGCAUAAAGUAUUACCCUGUCUCUGUGGGAUACGAAAGUAAUCACGAACAACGAAAGGUAUUUCAAUGACAGUGUAGAGACGAUAGGUACCCUUGCUAUUAUCGUAUCAAGGUUGUGAAAACUCAGUCAAAACGUUUUAAUAUUUAUUUUCCUUUAUGAUAAAACCAAAUAUUUAUCAUUUUGAUUACAAUCUAGUCUUAGGCUAACAAGAAAUUUAAUUUUAUCUUAAUUUACUAAGUAGACCAUUUGUUAUAUUUAAAGUAAUAUCCCUCAUUUUGGGAAGAAACGAUGUGUUGGAAGAGCGGAGGUGGCGGGUUUGAGUCCCGCAUCGUUCAUAAAUUUUGGUUACAAAUUUAGUUUUUACUAAGUAGAGUAAAACUAAGAAAGUGUCCAUUAACACUAUUGUUAUAUCUCUAUAAGAGGAAGACACUAUGUUGUUGGGUUCUUUACACUUACUUACUUUAAUAUAUCAUAUAGAUUAUAUGAGAUAAGUAGGUACCUAUCUCAUAUAAUUCAAAUAGGUACUUAAAAUAUGUAUAUUACUUACAACAAUUGUUUACCUGAUCUUAUGGUAAUUUUGAUGUUAAUAUUAUGUUUAGUAGACUUUUGCUGUACUGUACCAAAUUUUACAAUAUUAUUUUUCUUGAAUUUAUACAUAUUAUUUACCACAAAUUAAAAAAAAAAUAUGAAAGUUGCAUAAUAUUAUUUUUCUUAUGGGGCACUUUCACUAUUAACUGAUUUAAAAGUAAAAGACAUCAACAUAUCGUAUCCUCAUAGUUAAUCUUAAGUUAUCUGUCUAUAUGUGUUUUUUUUUUAACUGAGUUGGUAGGUACGUAACGAAGUCGCCAUUUUCGAUGUAAAUUUAAAAUGGCCACAUUUGUGCGUCUCUACGCUGUGGUAGAAAUACUAAAAUGUCUGUCAUUGUAAGAUUAUUUUUGUAUGUGCCAAACUAUUUACGAAUCAAUGUUAUUGGUUUUCUCCUGAAAUAAUUCUUCGUAAUUGAAACUACUCUAUUUGUAACCAUAAGAUAUUUAACAAAAAUAGGAGCUUAUUCAAUCUCAUUCUUACAGGUUAAUAUAAUAAUAAUAUUUAAUAAAUUUCGGAUUUUAAAUCUAACAAUGACGACAUCUAUAAACUAUUGUAAUCAGAGACGCGUUAUCCCUGAGGUACUCUAGGACGCACCAAGUAUGGGCGUACUUAAACCAAAUCAAAAAUAACUUACCCGAGUUUGGUAUAUAGAUAGGGCGUCGUAGCUAGUGAAAUUACUGGGCAUAUGAGACUUAACAUCUUAUAUCUCAAGGUGACGAGCGCAAUUGUAGUGCCACUCAGUUAUUUUUUUGAGUUUUUCAAGAAUCCUGAGCGGUACUCGUCAUAUAUAAUAUAACUGAUUGUCGUGGAAAACUUGGGGGGGGGGGGCUUUGUCCAGACGUGGACGUUUUCAAGCUGAUAAUGUUAUAUGAGCGGUACUGCAUUGUAAUGAGCAGGGCGUAUCUUUUACCAUCAGCUGAAGUCCUGCUCGUCUCGUCUCUUAUUGUCAUAAAAAAUAAUAUAUGACCGCUGUGCUCUAGCGCCGGCUAGAUUGGUGCCGGUUGCCUGAUGUGACCUCGACGAUAAGUUCGCCUCUGAUUGUAAAACCAAACUAUAAUAUAAUGUCAGUAACUAGUGUAAUUAUUAAUUAAUCUAGUCAAUAUAACAUCGUAGCUGUCGCUAGUGUUCAAUUAUUGCACAUUAUUUAAAUAUCAUUCACUGACAUAUCUGAUAAUAAUUAGCGUCGAUCAUAAUUACAAUUAUUGUUACUUAUCUUACAGUAUUGUCUUAUUACAAUUAUUGAUACUAUGUUUUAUUAAUUAUACAAGCGACCAUUAUUAGUUCUAGCCCAUUCACACAAUUCUAUAUAAAGUAUAUUUAAGUUUAGAUACUUUUAACUUUCUUUCCCUUGAAAACGUGCUCUGCAAAGUUCAUGAAACGUCGGGUUAUUUCAUUUAUAACAUUAAAAAUGUAACUUUUGCACAAAAUCUUAUAUUAUAUAAAUACAGUUACGAUUACACGCGUUUCAAUCCUUAAUUGAAGGUGUGUGUGAAUGGGUUAUUAUUAGUUAUCAUCAGAUAAUUUCGGAUCAUUGACCUUGCAGCGACGGCCAGUGUGUGAACCAAUAACAAUUAAAAUACAAAAAAGAGACCAGCCGAGUUGAAAAAUUCAAUUUUUAAUGAAAAUAGCUUGCUACGCUUGAACUUGGAACCGCGCCAUCAGUUAAGUUUCACACUCCACAGGUAAUACUAACUUGAUUGGUAUUACAGAGUCAAACUCCGAAAUUAUCUCUGCUCUUUUAAAAUGUACUCUACUAAUAUAGUAAUAUGCUAACAUUGCAAUCAAAAAAUUAAUAUUUACUUAAGGCAAUCAUUUUCUCUGAAAUAAUUCACAAGGAUUUAAGGUUGUUUGUAUAAAUUCUUUUGAAUGUACAAUGUUUUAAUUCCUUUAGCUUAUUGAGUGGAACAAAAGACGAAAAUGUAAAUUGUUACAUAAUAAUGAUUGUUGUAACUGGACCAAUGUUGUUUAAAGUUGUUUGGUGUUCCGUACCUCCGUUAGAGGUAGAUUGUUUUAAGACUAUUUUAUCAUGAAAUUGUGCAUUCUACUCUACAUUCCGUUCUACAUAAGUUUUUGAUCUCACCUUUGUACUUGUCGUCUUCUCAACUUUUAUUAAUUUAAAUAUGAGUUUGUAUGUGUUUUGCAUCUCACUUUUCUAACUUUCUUAUUAUUAUUAAAUAUGUUACUAUCUUAAUAAUUUAAUUCUUAAAUUAAAAUUGAAUCCUUCUAUGAAUAAAUAAAAUAUUGUUAUAUAAU